CGUCGAGCUACAGGGGCAGCAUCCCAUGUCAACUGGACGAUCUGGUGAAGCUGUAUGUACAACUGGCAAUUGUCUUCGCGAUUGUUCAACUUUGGAUGGUUUGAUUGUUUCCUUUUCUUUCCUUCUUUCUCUCGUUCUUCUUACCAGCUGGACAGACAGUAGAGUGGUAUAUAGUACACGACAAUGAGACGGACUGCUGCUUUGGUGCUGUUGAGCACCAUUGCUCCCACUGGCACUAUCGCUGCUACUGAGAGCGUCCCCAGAGGAGUUGGGCCUGAAUUCGCAAAGUUCUACGCAAACAAGGAAACCUUCACCUGUAUCAGCAACCCCUCGAUCGUCCUCAAGUCCUCCCAAGUCAACGACAACUCCUGCGACUGCCCCGACGGCUCCGACGAGCCGGGAACCUCAGCAUGCUCGCACCUGGACCCCCUCUCGCCCGAGCAGCCUCUGCCCGGUUCCGUGACGGGCACUACCAACACCACGCGCGCCCUGCCCGGCUUCUGGUGUGAGAACAAGGGCCACAUCGGUGCCUACAUCCCCUUCAUGUACGUCAACGACGGCGUGUGCGACCAUGAACUCUGCUGCGACGGCACCGACGAGGCCCUCCACGUCGGCGGCACCAAGUGUGAGAACCGCUGCGCGUCCAUUGGGAAGGAGUACCGCCGCCUCCAGGAGGAGCGUCGGCAGAGCAAGGAGCGGUCGGCCAAGCAGAGACGGACUCUCGUCAAAGAAGCGAGCGAGCUGCGUCGGCGCGUGGAGAGCAAGGUUGCUAGUUUGAAGGAGGAGAUUGCCAACUUGGAGGUGCAGAAGGCGGAGUUGCAGAAAAAGUACGAUGAGGUUGAGCGGGCUGAGAGAGGCAAGGUGGUCAAGGCGCCGGGCGAGGGCGGUAAGCUGGGUGUUUUGGUUGGACUGGCCAAGAAGCGCGUUGAUGAGCUGAGGGAUACCCUUGAUAAGGUGCUGGAUCAGCGCGACGACUUGCAGGAUCGCGUCGAUCAGCUGGAGGAUAUCUUGAGUAAGCUCAAGGAGGAGUAUAACCCCAACUUCAACGACGAGGGUGUCAAGGCGGCUGUUCAGGGCUACGAGAACUAUGCUGCCGGCAAGUCUACUGAGAAGAAGUCGGAGGUCGUUGAUGCCGAUGUUUUGGAGGUCCUCAAGGAGGAUGGCCCCGAUUCGGGCAUCAACUGGGCUGAGUUCCAGGAGGAAGAGAGCAGCGAUGCCGAUAUUGUCUACAACCUAGAAGCCUACCUCCCGCCCUCCGUCCGCCCCUUUAUCCACUCCAAGAUCUCCUCUCUCAAAGUCUGGCUGAUUGAGAACGGCGUCCUUGCCGACAACCCAACCACCGGCGGCCCUACGGAAUCCAAGCUAGUCAAGGCCGCGCGCGACGCGCUCGAGGCUGCCCGCGCCGAGCACACCACCAAGACGUCGCAGCUCGCCGACGAGGAGCGCGACUUAGCCAAGGACUACGGGCCCGACGACAUCUUCCGCGCACUCAAGGGCCAGUGCGUCAGCGCCGACGUGGGCGAGUACGAGUAUGAGCUGUGCUGGUUCGAUCGUACGACCCAAAAGAGCAAGAAGGGCCAUGGCAACACCAAUAUGGGCAACUUUGAGCGGAUCACUACCGAAAUUGCCGAUGAGGAGGAUCGCGUGGAUGGAAAGGGCCUGGGUAAGGGGCCGAGGAUGGUGUUGAGGUUUGAGAAUGGUCAGGGGUGCUGGAACGGGCCGCAGAGACGGACAGAUGUGUGGUUGGCGUGUGCUGAGAAGGAUGAGCUGUGGAGGGUUAGUGAGAGCGAGAAGUGUGUUUACAGGAUGGAGGUGGGCACGCCAGCUGCUUGUGAGGAUGUGGGAGAGCCUGGGGCUGGGACCAAGGGUCAUGAUGAGCUUUGAGGAGGAGACGGAGGGGGAGUUGGGUAUCAGAAUGGUUGGCAAUGUUGUACAGUUGGUGAAAAUUUGGUUUGUUUGUUUGUCUAUAUGUGUGUGUUGGUCUGUAUGUAGAUCGUUUCGGGUCAAGCAAGCCUGCGAGGUGCUUUAUGAAGAAUCAUACGAAAUCGAUUGGUAUCUUUAGACUGUGGCGAGAAACAAGAGAAUAGUAAAGGCUGGUCAGGGCUUACUACAAACAUCCUGUCAUCGAAGUCCAGCAGCUGCUAGUUUACGUCGCUUCAUGGCUUCAUCCUGGUCCGCUAAUACCCUAGCAGUGAGCGCAGCCGUGGCGGCGUUGUUGAUGCCACUCACCCGGCUAGAUAUACUCUCACCAGCACUCUUCUUGGCCUUCUUAGUCUCCUUCUCCUUGUCAGCGUCACCAUUGGCCUCGUCAGCCGUGCGCUUGUUCUUUUUCUUCUCCUUGCUGGCGCUCUUGUCCUUUUUCAGACUGUGCGUCAGGCCUUUCGUCUUGAGAUCCUCCAUCCGCUUCGAUAACCGUUGAAUAUCCGCCUUAUCGGUCGGCAGAAUGGGAAUAACGUCCUCUGACUUGAAUGGUUCGCUGCACUCUGGGCACACCUCCUCUGUGAUCAUCUGUAUCGCCAUCUCGGCAAAGACGUGGCCGCAAGGGACCAGAUAGACGGAUUUUGUAGAUGGUCCCAGCUCUUUGAGCGUAACGGGACACGCAAAGAUUUCCUUUUCUUUUUUGUUGCCACCCCCGGGCGGCGUGUACCGCUUGAACUUGAGCUUGACCACGUCGCGAAGGGAUUUGAUGCCGGUGGAGGCGAAGCUUAGCUCGGUCGCGAAGAUGGCUGUUGGCGUUGCCGUCGACUCACCGUUGCCCACGCUACUGCUAUUGGUGCUGGUAUUAACAAGCGCGGGAGAUGUUGUGUCUUGUUUGUUCUCGGAGGAGUCAUCG